CUCGAAUGUUUCUUUUUACCACGCGCUUUAUCCUUGCAUACAACCGAAAAAUCGCAUUUUUCUAUAUAAAACCAACAGUUUUUACCGUAUAAAAUAAUUUAUUUAACGUCUUUAGGUUCAACGAUACAACACUUAAAUUAAAAAUAUCAAAUUCGCUUCUCGCCGACCGUGUAAUUUGCUUUCAUAAUUGCUCACAGGAUUUAAUUCCACUCAAAUGACAACCCACUAGGAUGUGCUCGUUCAGAUCCUUGUUGUGACAGCAUAUACGUGGUUAGGUUUUGAUAUUUCAUGUUUGCGUUAUAUGGGUGUUAAAUAAAACUUACAGUGUUUGCAUUCAGUGGCGUUUAAGGUUGAUAGAUUUAUAGCUUGUAGUUUUAUUGUUUACGUAGUGUGGUACAAAUGUGGUGGAUUUAUUGAUGGAAACCAGAAUGGAUAUAAAGUUUUCGUUUCAUCAGCAGGGUACAAGGUGAGUGAUGUGGGCGCGGUGGGCGCGGGGUGCGGCGCUGGCGCUGGCGUGGUGCUCCGUCGCCGCCGCGCCCGCCGGCCCGGUCCCGCCGCCUGCCGCCUGCGAGUCGCUGCUGCUGAGGAGGCCGCCGCCGCUGCCAUCGAACGUGAGGGAAUAUGAAGCUGCAGUGGUGCAAGUUGCCCGUGCGUUAUCAGAGCUGGUUGAUCAAGGCGUGGCGGAUGAGGCAAGAGCUUCCGCCCUUGCCCGCGCUGCAGCUCGCACUCCCCUUCACCCACCACCUGCAGCAGUCGCUCUGGGUGCACCUCAACUCAGCCUAGGAGUUCUCUUUAUUCCAGAAGCUGAUCGUCUUAUAGUGUUUCAACAGAACAACUCAGCUACAUUACAACAGUUCUGGCGCACUCUCGCGUCCGCUUGGAAUGCUAGUCUUGUGAUAUGGUCCAAUGCAUGGUAUUCGUGUGAAGGUGAAAUUGGGUGGUGGGGUGGAACUGCCGCUGCCAGAGGUUCGGGAGCGGCACGGGCUGCUGCAGCUAUAUUUCGACGCUUGCCUACACUACCCUGUGAAGAUUCUAUGUACGAAUGGUUUGGAGGAACCCCAUUGUGUGAUGCCAUGACAACUGAUUGCGAAGCUUACCCAUCAGCGAAUCAAGAUCGAAAGUUAGAAUAUCAUUGCAAGUGUCGAUCGGAUCAUUGGCACGAAAGUGGUGGGGGCUGGAUAUCUGGUAGAAAGCUGGAGGAAAUAGGUCGGCUUAAAUGCACGCCGUGUGGCGUUGGCAGCAAUGCGACAGCCUGCCUGCCUGAAACGUACAGAGCGGCGCUUCUAGCAGCGAACCUCGCAGGGAUGCUGCUUUGCAUCAUCAUUGGGCUCAUUAUCUUGAAGAAGAGAAAAUGCAAAGCAGUUGCUAUGGGUAUGUGGACUGUAUUGGAAGUUGUUCUCAUUGGUGCAAUGUUUAUGUAUGGUUCAGCAGCGUCGCAGUACAUAUCAGCAGCACGCUGGCGCUGCGUCCUUGGCGCGUGGCUACGUGAACUCGGCUUCGUAGCCUGCUACGGGUCUGUGGUCUUACGCCUUUGGGUCCUACUAGCCGAGUUCCGUACGAGAAAGGCACAUAGAUGGACCCCUAGAGACGCUGAGGUCCUUCGAAUAGUGGCUGCCAUGUUAAUAGGAGCGGCGUGUUACCUGGCCGCAUUCACUGCGACGUCGGCGUGUGAGGACGACAUCGGCGGCGGAUGUGCCCGCGCCGCCUGGCACCACGUCACCGCUGGUGCGGAGGUGCUGCUGCUGCUGGCUGGGCUCAGGAUAGCCCACGCGGCGAGGAAUGCCAAUGUGCCGUUUCAGGAGCGCGGUUGGCUAGCCGCUGCUCUAUGGAUAGAGGGAGCUUGCGGCAUCGCGUGGCGGGUGGCAGCCUUAACCGGCGCGGCCCCGGAGCGCUCGCCCCUCGCGUCCGCCGCCCGCGCGCACCUGUCUUCGGGGGCGGCACUUGCUUGUGUUCUUGCGCCCAGGCUCUGGCACGGUUAUCGGGCGAGGUCUUUGGCUCAAGAAGUAUCACGCCGGGGACCUGCAGAAGGGUUCGGUGUUGAGGGAGAAGAGGAACCUACCUCGGAGGAGGUGCGAGCUGAACUGAAAAGGCUGUACGUGCAACUAGAGAUUCUUCGCAACAAGACGCUACGGAGGGACAAUCCUCACAUCAGCAAACGUAGAGGAGGACGGAAACCUCCACAUAGACGCUUUUCUUUACAAAAAAAGGGCAGUCGCGAAAAGGCUUUACAAGCUCGUCGCGGUGGUAAGAACAAAGGUGCGGUGGAAGCGAGCGAGGCCGGAGACGCGUCUCGAACUCCGGAAGACUCCGUGUGUUCGGCUGAAGGACCGUCGCAUUACACUGAUGCAGAUACACAGGCGUGAUAUUAAUCGUAGCAAAACUCAAUAAUGUCGAUUGUAUUGAUUGGAUUAAGAUAUCACGCUAAAUGUGAAAUUUCUGGGAAUACCCAUUGGCUUACUAGAUAUACAUAGUGUAUGUCGAUAAUAAUUUAUUUUCUUUUAUGAUGUACUCGUUCAACAGUUGAUAAUCCUGACGUCCUCAACGAUGACGUUAUCAACAGGAUUAUUAAAGACGUCCUGGAUUAUUGAUAUACGGGGAUGUUUAAUAUAUUUGAAUAAUUGUAUGUUGAGCAAUUUUGAAAGAAUGUAAUUGUAUGUUUUUAAAUCUUCUUAUAUCUAUGUAUCUGUUUAAUUCAUACCUAAUCGAUGUGUCCUUUUGUCAAAUUUUAUAUGAAAUUGUAUAGGGACAUGUAGCUAUCUAUAACUGGUUCUUUUUAUUAUUUAAUAUAUAUUUAUUGCCAGAGCGCCUACUCUAGUGGUUUGCCUAGGGUAGGGCCACAAUUAUCAAGAUGGACGACGGGAAUUAAAGAAAGGUCUGGGAAGGUUAAGGAAAGAAAAGGAUUCAGGCCAAGGUGUACUUUAACUUUUAAAUGUAUCUCGAUAAUGUACCUAUUUAUUAACUAAGUAUAUAUAUUAAUACGUAAAGCAAAAACUUUGUAUCCCUUUUUACGAAAAUAGCGCGAAGAAAGGAGGAUUUAGAAAUUUAACACACUUAUGGUUUAUAUAGAAA